GUGGUGUCAAGAGGCUGGGAUUCCGAGAAAGGAGGCGAGAUUUCACGAAAAUGCGAGCGACUUCGGCAACGGGCGGGGCCGCUAGGCCUGGAUGAAAGGUACAGAGCCAGCAUAGACCAAUCAGACCUCCCUGGGGCGGGGCCUCUGUUGAAAAGUGGGCGUGGCCUAAGGGGGAAAUCACCAAGAACGCACCGGAGGUCCUUGCCCGCCCUGGAAAACGCCCUCUGCGGUGAAGGAGAGAGCACGCCGCCAUGCCUCCCUCUGGGCCUCGAGGAACCCUCCUUCUGUUGCCACCGCUGCUGCUGCUCCUGCUUCGGGCUGUGCUGGCUGUCCCCCUGGAGCGAGGGGUGCCCAACAAGGAGGAGCCCCCUGCGACUGAGAGUCCGGACACGGGCCUGUACUACCACCGGUACCUCCAGGAGGUCAUCGACGUGCUGGAGACAGAUGGGCAUUUCCGCGAGAAGCUACAGGCUGCCAAUGCAGAGGACAUCAAGAGCGGGAAGCUGAGCCGAGAACUGGACUUCGUCAGCCACCACGUCCGCACCAAGCUGGAUGAGCUCAAGCGACAGGAGGUGUCGCGGCUGCGGAUGCUGCUCAAGGCCAAGAUGGACGCCCAGCAGGAGCCCAAUGUACAGGUGGAUCACCUGAAUCUCCUGAAGCAGUUUGAACACCUGGACCCUCAGAACCAGCAUACAUUCGAGGCCCGUGACCUGGAGCUGCUGAUUCAGACGGCCACCCGGGACCUUGCCCAGUAUGACGCAGCCCAUCAUGAAGAGUUCAAGCGCUAUGAGAUGCUUAAGGAACACGAGAGACGGCGUUAUCUGGAGUCACUGGGAGAGGAGCAGAGAAAGGAGGCAGAGAGGAAGCUGGAAGAGCAACAGCGCCGGCACCGCGAGCACCCCAAAGUCAACGUGCCUGGCAGCCAAGCCCAGUUGAAGGAGGUGUGGGAGGAGCUGGAUGGACUGGACCCCAACAGGUUUAACCCCAAGACCUUCUUCAUUCUGCAUGAUAUCAACAGUGAUGGUGUCCUGGAUGAGCAGGAAUUGGAGGCCCUCUUCACCAAGGAGCUGGAGAAGGUGUACGACCCAAAGAAUGAGGAGGACGACAUGCGGGAGAUGGAGGAGGAGCGACUGCGCAUGCGGGAGCACGUGAUGAAGAAUGUGAGAGGGGGUGCCAGGUGGGGGAGAAGACUGGGCCGCAGCUCUGUCACUCACCCUUAUCUGGCUCCCCAGGUGGACACCAACCAGGACCGCCUCGUGACCCUGGAGGAGUUCCUUGCAUCCACUCAGAGGAAGGAGUUUGGGGACACCGGGGAGGGCUGGGAGACGGUGGAGAUGCACCCUGCCUACACCGAGGAGGAGCUGCGGCGUUUCGAGGAGGAGCUGGCUGCUCGGGAGGCAGAGCUGAACGCCAAGGCCCAGCGCCUCAGCCAGGAGACAGAGGCUCUAGGGCGGUCCCAGGGCCGCCUGGAAGCUCAGAAGAGAGAGCUGCAGCAGGCCGUACUGCACAUGGAGCAGCGGAAACAGCAGCAGCAGCAGCAGCAGCAAGGCCACCAGGCCCCGGCUGCAGACCCCAAGGGGAGGCUCAAGUUCCACCCAGACACAGACGAUGCACCCGUCCCAGCUCCAGCUGGUGACCAGAAGGAGGUGGACACUUCGGAAAAGAAAGUUCCUGAGCAGCCCCCUGAGGCUGAGGUGCCCCAGCCAGAUUCCCAGCAUCUGUGAGCCUCCAGACCCCAGCCCUCUGGACUCCUGAUGCUCCAAGGCGGCUGAUGGUGCUGGAUGAAGUGGCACAGUCAGCUUCCGUGGGGGCUGGCACCGUGUGGGCCUGCUGGGGGGGGGCGGCGCGGGCUGGCAUUUCACGCAUCGCUGCUGCCCCGGGUCCACCUGUCUCCACUUUCACAGCCUCUGAGUCUGUGGUCCUUCCCUUCUGUCCUCUGAGGGGCCUGCCUUCUCUCGUGUCCAGUAGGCGCUCUGUGAUCAGCUUAACUUAGGGAAGCACCCUCCCCUUCUCAUCUGUCCCAAGAGGGUCUGCUCUGAGCCUGCGUUCCUAGGUGGCCCUGGCACCCUGUAUGCACACAGCUACUGGAGUCUACUGGAGUCCUGCCUGCUGCUCCGGGCCAAGCUUCUGAUUGAUUAACAGGGGCAUGGGGUGGUCCCUCGAGACCUUCCCCUACCUUUUGUGGGACCAGUGAUACCUCUAAGACAGCAUCCCCUCUACAGCUGGGUGCCAGAGGUAGGGGAUCCUCAGUGUAGCCGGCGAACCGUGAUACCAGGAGCCCAGGCCUCCCUGAGCCCCUGGCUUCCAGCCAGUUCAUUGCCAGCCUCCUCCUGGACUCCAACCCCUUCCCCACAGCCCCAGAAGGGUCCCAGACCCCACUCCAGGACCUGGUCCCAGCCCCUCAGCCUCAUCUGCAGACCCUGGAGGCCGUUCCCGCCCACCUUUCUGGCCCCAUGUCACACUGCUCUGCUUCCUGCUCCAUGCUCCAGUACCACCUAAAUAUACCUUCUGGAACAAAUGCAUGGCCCUGUGCCUGUGU